AGUGCUGGAAGGAAAACUGUGACUAGUUAACUGUAUUCAACAAACGCAGAUUCAGACCCCUUACCAGAGCCGCACGCCGGUUAGAUUAUCAGACUUAAAAAAGGCAGUGGGCGUUAGUUUUCUCCACCAUAAAAGCUGUCCCAGGAGGGGGGGUGAAACUCAGUGAAUUUGUCCGGUUUUGUGACACGCUCCUCCGCUGCGCUGCGCCCAGACAGGUAUAACCGGUGAGAACAAUAACCAACCAUGAAUCAUACAGAUAGCGAGAAUUUGACAACAGCCUUUACCACCACACAUAAAAGCAAUACAGUGUCCACAGAUGUGGGACUUGGUGAAUCACUUUCCACACAAGCAGAAUCCACUACCAUUCAGGUGUUAACCACAGUUGCUCCCACAAGUUCAGACUCUGCAGUUAUUGCAGUUGUUGUUAUUCUCAUUCUGCUGACACUGGCUGCUUUGGGCUUUGUGCUCUGCCGGUAUCUGUACCACAACAGAGGGGACUACAGGACGACAGGGGAGCUGGCUCCAGGAGAGGACCCUGAUGAAGAGGACAAUAACAAGCCUGCGCCCGAAAAGAAGGAAUACUUUAUAUGAACCUGGUGGAAGACUUACAGCGAGUUAGUUGAGCUUAAGAAAAUGAUCUGUGGAAGUGUGAUAAGAAGGAAAACUAUUUCCUUGCGUGUGUGUUUUGAGGGAAACCCGUUACUGGCAGCACACUGUGCAGAGAAAAAAAAAGCCUUGUUGAAGAUAUUUUUCUUUAAAAAUGCAAGUGAAACCAAAGAAAAGAGUACCACUGUGGGGGUGAAUGUUGAUUGGCUGAAGGAGGUGAAAGCUGAAGUUGUGCACAGGUUAGCAGAGCUAAGCACAAAAUAGUUACAUGAUCAGUAAAUGCAAAACAGUCAAAUCAAAGGAGCGCCUUGAAUGUAAUAUUUAUCAUCCACAUUUAAAUUUCUCUUUAUUUGCCAUUUCAGUUAGAUUUACCGUACUUUUCCCAAACUAACCAUGUUUAAGAUGAUUUCUGGUGCUAUUAUGGGCUGUUACUUUCAUAUUCAUUUGCUUUUAAGAAAUACUUUUUUAAUGCAAUUCUUUUAUAAGCUGGUCAAAGAAAAUGGUCUUCUUUUAAUAGAACAGGACAUCUACACAAUAUUUCUUGUUCUUGGUUGUGUUUUGUAUACCUGAAAUGGUUGCUGGUUACUUCCUUAUUUAUGAUAAACGUGGAAGUCAAUUAAACUUGU